GAAAGCGCGCUUCGCAUGGCUACGAUGCCUUUCCCCGUCCCCGCAGCGAACGGGUUCCCUUACGUCCAGCCCCAGCCACAGCCUGAGAACUGGAACCUCCAGUUUGGGAGGAGCGGGGCUAGCAGUCCGGACGUGCGCGGGGCACUCGGUUUGGGGGAUAUGGAGCCUACUGUUCCCGCGGGGAUGGGCAUGGGGAUGAACAUGAACAUGAACGCGAACAUGAACAUGAACAUGAACAUGGGUAUGAGCCCGCACGGGAGACGUCGGAGUUCGGGGGAGAGGUUCGAUCGCGAGCCUCCGACUGCGCCCAGAGCGCAAAGGUUUGACGGGUACGGCCCGCGCGGGAGGGGGAGGGGGAUGGGCGGUUCGAGAGGGUACAACAACCGGGGCGGAGGUGGGGGCGGGUACAGACCUGGUCCUGGUCCGCCGGGAGGCCACCUCCUCCCCCUCCCCAUCCCCAUCCUCAGCCUAUGCCCCCUCCUGGCGCGUAUAUGCCCUACGACCCUGCCGACCCGGAGUCUUACCUCCCCCCACCUGGCCCGCCCAUGCAGGUGCAGGGGAUGGACAUCCCCCUGCCCGGAUACGCCGGCCCUCCACCACCACCGUGGAUGCUCCCUCCUCCAGGAUACAUGCCCCCACCCCCGUUCGUCCCUCCCUACGCCCAGCCCUACCCCCCGGCGAUCCCCCCCCAACCGAACGGCAUGCCUUUCCCUGGUAAUGGUAUGAUGCCUGGCGUACCGAUCCCGACGCCUGUGACGCAGCUCUCGUUCCCACUCGAUAUGUUGAGGUAUUAUCUGCUUGGUCAGGUGGAGUACUACUUCAGCUUGCAUAAUCUCGUGAACGAUGUCUUCCUCCGUAAUCAGAUGGACAACGAUGGCUGGGUCGAUAUAAACGUUGUCGCUUCUUUCAACAGGAUGCGGACGUUGACAAACGACUACGCUCUGGUACGGGAGACGAUGGAGCUGAGCUCGCUGGUCGAAGUUCGGGGAGAGCGUGUCCGUCUCGCCAACGGCCUGUGGCAACAGUUUGUCAUGCAUCGUACACCGAGGCAGCCGGGUCAGCCUGCUUCUGGCCCUCCGAUUCCCGGCAUUGGGCCCGUUAAUGGGGAAGCGGACGGCGUGACUACGGCCACUAAUACUGCGCCUGGGUCGGAGACGGCCUCGGGGAGUGCAGCGACGACCCUGAGCGUGCCUGAGGAAGAAGGCGAGAAGAAAGGCAUCGAGUUGAUGUCCUAACUCCGCACGCGCAUAUAUGCUGUAUCAGAUCACUUUCAUGUCAUCCUCACGAGCAUCCCCAACUGGCACCUGUCUUCAUCUACCCAUGUCCUUACGUGCUCUCAAAGCAUAGAACUCAAAGCCUGUGACGAGCUUAGACUCCCGCAAUCAAGUAAACCCUCCACGGACGAGUCCCAUAGUCUACUCCUGCGUAAAAGAGCACACAACCCUCACAUAUUGAUUCAUGUGACUCUGUGCGCCUUGUGUCGUUUGUUUCAUCCAUCAUUCUGUUCUGCCUGUCAUAUUAAAUCAGG